UUAACUUGUGUUUCUCUCUCUCUCAUGAGAUACUACUAAUUUGUUUCCCCCUGGAAGCAUCGGUGACAUUGUAAAACAUUCCCUCCAGAAAAUUCGUUAUUUGUCUUCCUUCCUCACUCGCUCUGCAACUUGUGCUCUGCCUCUUCAAUGGAAGAACACGCUUCAAGUAGUAGUAGUAGUUCUCAACUACAACCUUCAUUAGAUGAUUGUUUGAAGCUAUUCAGAGGAGAAAGGGAUGAACAGAGGUUAGCCGGUCUACUUGUUCUUACCAAAUUUUGCAAUAAAGAUGACCAUACAGCCAUUCGCAAGGUUUACGAUGCCCUAGGACCUCAAUUCCUACACCGACUUCUUCGAACCGGAAUAGGGAAAGGAAGUGAUGUCGGGAGUAGCGAUAAUCGUGAUGCCUACUUGCAAUUGUCGAUCACAGUUCUUGCAGCAUUUUGUAGAGUUCCUCAGAUUGCAGCUUCUGAAGAAAUGAUUAAUAAGAUUCCUCUCAUUCUAGAGGCAAUAUCCAGAGAAGCAGGAUCACCUAUAAUUGAAGACUGCUAUGAGUAUUUGUUUUUGGUCUCAACGGCGAGUGAAGAAGGGGUUCAAACCUUGUACAAAUCUGGUGGCUUAAAUGUGCUAGCUUCGCAAAUGAUGAUUCUACCCGAUGGUUCUCAUAUGAUUGAACUUGCUCUGAGACUUGUGCAAAUCAUUGUCAUUAAGCUACCCUCAGAAAAUGUUUAUUCUGAGCAUCCAACUGACCUGUCACUGGUGGUGUGUGCAGUGGCAAAGCAGUUUGCUGUUCUACAGAAUGCACUGAAAUUUGAAGCGCUUCACCUCCUAUCAACUAUCCUGUCCAACAGAUAUUCUGCACCUGUAUAUGAUGCUCUUCGCUUAGUGGAAAAUGAUGUUUGGUCGACAAAUUUGUGGAUUGGUAUUGUGGCGAUCUUGCAAAAUCGAGUUGCACCUUCACAUAAACUUCAUGCUCUUGUUCUGACCGAGUGUGUCAUAUCAAUUGUUGGUGAACGGUGGCUUAUUGGGGAGAUGAACUUAACUGGUUCUCAGGUUUCCCUGCCUGCUGACAGGUGCAUUCUGCUUAUUUUGGAGUCGUCAAGGGUUGAAAUUGCUGUUCUUCUAAAUGAUCUGGCAUACUUAAAAUAUGAAGCCUCCAACGCAUCCUCAAAUAGAGAGAACAUUCUUGUGAAGCAGAGGAAUCUUGGUGUAGCCUUCUCUUUGGUUGAAAAAAUAAUUAAACUUAUUUCUAGUUUUGGUGGAGAAGAGUCAACUGCCAAUGCUAUUAUCAGUGAGAGCACUUUCACAAAUAUCAUUUCUGGGCUCAAUGAGACAAUUGGUGUUGUUUUGGACUAUAUACGAGAUGCUAAGGAGCAUGGACAGAUGAAAGGGGAUGAUCUUCUAGCAGCAGUGCGAGUAAUCGGAAGCUAUCUUGCAGAAGCACCAGAUGCAUGUAAAGAUAAGGUUAUAGAACUCCUAGGUUAUAUUCUUUCAAUUGAAGGGGAAGAUGAAUUGAGUCCUUUUUAUUCCAUCUGUUUUUUGCUUCCAAUGCUGUGUCAAAUAACUCUCGAGACUGGAGGAUGUAAAAUUUUAGCUUCCUCGGGUGCAUUUAGAGAAGUUGUUGGUUACCUCAUUGCUUUGAUUGACCAAAACAAUUUUACGUCUGAGGAUAAUGGUUCUAUAUUCUUGGCUUGUGAUACAAUUUUGAAUCUUCUUCUAAAGCAGGAACAAAUCAAAUUUCCCUCAGAUGAUCCUAGUUUUAUCAGACUUUUAGUAGCAUUGUCACGCUGGGCGGAGGGUAUGGAUGAUGCAUCUAUUAUCAUGAUGGCGUCAAGUAUCUGUUCGCUUAUACUCGAUUUGACGUCAGAGGAAGCUCUUCUAAAUCAUCCAGACUUCACUAGUGGCGAUGUUGGUAAUCUGUCAAAGCUCAUUAGACGAAGCUUUGUGAUGUGUGGUCAGUUGACAAAUUCUUGUUCUGACUGCACUCAGGACUUGAUAUCCGAUGAUGCUAAAGCUGAAGUAGAUCUUUUUCAGAUAAUUACCUCAGCAUAUUCAUCGUGGGCUGAUCGAUUUCCUAGCAUUAAACAAGCUGUGGAGAGCUCAGGGCCAUUUGGAUUUCGAUGUGUUUCAUAGGACUCUUGGAAAUUGUGGUGCUGAUGAAUUGAGUUGUAGUACACCUUGUAUGAAGGGUAUUGUCUUUCUGCAAUCACUCACGGCAUUUCGUUCCUGGGCUUCCCGUGGCUCAAGGAAUCUGGAGAAGUAACAGUUAUAUGUAUCACCAACUUUGCAGUAAAACUUGUGAGGGGGAAUACACUUAAACAUUUUGGAUGGACUCGAGCUUUUCCUAGCAUCUCCAUGACAAGUUACUAGUUUUUCCUGUUGCUUGCAUGAUAUGGUUCAUAACAUAGUGUUAGAAGCAAGUUGCAUUAGUUAGUUUGUUACUACUAUUUCCUUAUGUAAGUUUUUUAAUUACAUCUUCCCAUCGAAUGUGCUUGGGUGAGACACUUCAUACCGUGUGCCCAAAUGAAUAUUUGAUGUACCUUCCAAAAUAGUAGUUCAUUUUCAGCCAUUUUAGGAAAACAAGUACGAUGUGCUGGUUCGACCCAUGUGA